AUGCCGCCUCGACGCCGCACCGAUCCCUACAAAGGCAAGGCGUACCACAUCCACUGCCGCCAGCCUCGUCAUGAUGACGGCGCCGAGGAAAUCUUGCUUGACGUCAACAAAUUGGCGGAAGGCCACGCGCACUGCGGCGUCCGCAGCGUCGAAGUGAGUCCUGACCACAAGUUGCUCGCGUACUCGGUGGACUUGAUGGCCUACGAAACGUACGACAUUUACAUCAAGGAUUUGGCCACCAACACCAUAACCAAGGCUGUGGAAGGAUGUGAUGGCAGGAUCGUGUGGGGUCGGGACGCUGAGACGCUGUUUUAUGUGACGCAGGAUGCCGCCCACCGCAGCCACAAGGUGUGGUCGCAUCUGUUGGGCGCGCCUCAGUCGGAUGACACGAGUCUCUUCACCGAGGACGACGAGAUGUUCUACGCCGACGUGUUCAAAACCAGCUCUGGCCGGUUCCUUGUCAUUCAGACCUUGUCACUAGUGACCACCGAAGUGCGCGUGCUCGAUUUGCACGACCCCCAAUCGUCCUUGGCUGUCGUCGCGCCACGUGUUCAGGGCGUGAAAUACACGGUGGAGCACUGGCAAAACGAGUUGUUGAUCUCGACGAAUCGCGACGGCGACGUCAACUUCAAACUCAUGUCGGUGCCACUCCAUAUCGUGUUGGACAAACAAAAGGCGGCACAUAACUCCCAAUGGACAUCCGUGUUUGCUUAUGAUCCAACAGUGAAAGUGGCGUCCGUGAUCUGCUUCGAAUCGUUCUUUGUGCUCAACGGGCGCCAAGAUGGCCUCACCCAGAGCUGGAUCUGCGGCAAAGACACCAAUAACUCCACGUGGCACAAGACCCGGCUCCCCAUGCCCGAAGCCAUGUACUCUCUGGGCACUGCUAAAAAUGUUGAAUACGCCACGACCAAGUACCGAUACACGUACAGCUCCCUGACGACCCCCCUGCAAACGGUGGAGUAUGACUUUAUAUCGAACACGACGGCGAUUUUGAAGGAAACGCCGGUGCCGCACUACGAUCGAUCAUUGUACCAUUGCGAACGGGUCGAGGCUACGGCAAGCGACGGCACGGCCAUUCCCAUGAGUGUGAUCUACCGAAAGGAUAAGAAGAAAGCGGAGGGCCAACCACAAGCGCUGCAUUUGUAUGGGUAUGGGUCGUAUGAAUGGCCGACAGAACCAAACUUCCAAGCCACGAUUUUGCCCUUGUUGGACCGCGGCGUCGUGUAUGUGAUCGCGCAUAUCCGUGGCGGCGGUGAAAACGGACGCACGUGGUAA